AUGUCUGAUCUCCGGCGUCGCGCGGUCAAGGAGCCUCCGCGCGAUGAAGAUAACAACGGCGACACCAAAGCCGACGCUCAAGUCGAAUCUGAGACGAAAAAACAGAAGCACCACGAAACUGAAAGAAAUGAAGACGACGAAAAACCAACACUGAGCCCCAUCGUCAGAUUAAAGCGAUACAUCACAAGGCCCCGCGGAAAGCGCCGGAAUAGUUUCGUUUUCUUGCUUGGUGGACUGUUUGGGAUAUUCAUUGCGCUCUUUUUUGCGAAUCAUAAUGAGGUGAUCAGUCUUGAUGCGCUGAUGGAUCUGAAUCUUGAUUCUUUGAUUGAUGUUAUUCCAACCGGGAUUUUGAGUGAUGCGAAAGAGUUUACGAAACACGAACGAGAUACAGUCAGCUAUGACUCCUUUUCGGUCGGUCUUCAAUUAAAGUCAGAAGGCAUUCAGGCCAAACACCCCGUCGUUAUGAUCCCCGGCGUGAUUUCCACCGGUCUUGAGAGCUGGGGCACCGAUACCGAGUCCAGGCAAUACUUUCGAAAGAGGUUAUGGGGUAGUUGGAGCAUGAUGCGCGCAUUGGUCAUGGACAAGGCAUCUUGGAAGAAUCACAUUAUGCUCGAUCGAGAGACGGGUUUGGAUCCACCGAACAUCAAGCUGCGAGCGGCCCAAGGCUUUGAUGCGACAGAUUUCUUUAUUACUGGUUACUGGAUAUGGAAUAAAAUUCUGGAAAAUCUGGCGACUAUUGGAUAUGACCCGACGAAUGCAUUCUCGGCCGCGUAUGACUGGCGCUUGUCGUACAUCAAUCUCGAAACUCGCGAUCAGUAUUUCAGUCGUCUCCGAUCUCAUAUCGAGAUGACGGUGAACACUAAAGGGGAGAAGAUCACAUUGAUCUCGCACAGUAUGGGCUCACAGGUUGUCAUGCAUUUCUUCAAAUGGGUUGAGAACGACCAGCACGGCAAAGGCGGCAAGGACUGGGUCAACCGUCACAUCGACUCCUGGGUCAAUAUCAGUGGGUGCAUGCUCGGUGCUGUCAAAGGGCUGACAGCCGUACUCUCGGGCGAAAUGCGAGAUACAGCCCAACUAAAUUCUUUCGCCGUCUACGGCCUUGAGCGAUUCUUAUCAAAGGAAGAGCGAGCAGACAUCUUCCGCGCAAUGCCCGGUAUAUCGAGCAUGCUCCCCAAAGGCGGCGAUGCAGUCUGGGGAAACGAGACAUGGGCGCCCGACGAUCAACCAAGCACUACACUGAGUUACGGCAACUUCAUCCGGUUCCGUGAGACGAAUUCCUCCUGGAMAAGCCGUAACCUCACCAUGGAGAACAGUCUGACGUACCUCUUCAACCAAAGCGAGGAGUGGUACCGCAACCAAGUCGCGCACAACUACUCACAAGGCGUAGCACACACACGCGCCGAAGUGGAAGCAAACGAGAACGAUCCCCGCAAAUGGCUGAACCCGCUCGAGUCCCGUCUGCCGCUCGCACCAGACAUGAAGAUAUAUUGUUUCUAUGGCGUCGGCAAGCCCACCGAACGCACCUACUUCUACCAGGAAGAGCAGGACCCGCUCACCCGCCUGAACGUCUCAAUCGAUACAACCGUAACCGAACCCAACGGCGGACCCGACCACGGCGUCGUAAUGGGCGAGGGUGACGGAACAGUUAAUUUGCUGAGCAUGGGAUACAUGUGCAGCCACGGCUGGCGGAUGAAACGCUACAACCCGUCGGGCAUCAAAAUCACCGUCCAUGAGAUGUUGCACGAACCAGAUAGUUUCUCGACUAGAGGAGGACCCAAUACGGCUGAUCACGUUGAUAUAUUGGGUCGCGCUUCGUUGAAUGAUUUAUUACUGAGAGUGGCCGGUGGGAAGGGCGAGAUGAUUGAGGAGCAUUAUGUGUCGAAGAUUAGGGAAUAUGCAGAGAGGGUCAAGAUUUAUGAUGAUGAUGAUUGA